GGGGUGGGGGGGUGUCGCCCAGGUAAACAUCCAAGAUGGCGGCGGUAGCGGAGAGUCCGGGGCCGGGGGGGCCGCGGGGCGCGGCGGAGGCCGAUGGCGACGGGAUGGGCCUGACGGACCUGCCGGGCGAGCUGCUGGAGCUGAUCCUCUGCUGCGACGUGCUGGGAGCCGCCGACAUCGGGCGGGUGUCGUGCACCUGCCGCCGGCUGCGUGAGGCGUGCCAGCCCCGCGGCAAGGUGUGGCGGGAGCGCUUCCGCCUCAGAUGGCCAUCACUGCUGAAAUACUAUAGCCACACAGACGGUGUUAGCUGGCUUGAAGAAUACAAAGCACGGCACAAUGCUGGUCUGGAAGCCCAGAGGAUUGUAGCUUCGUUCUCCAAAAGGUUCUUUUCAGAACAUGUCCCCUGUGAUGGAUUCAGUGACAUUGAGACUCUUGGCUGCCCAAGUCAUUUCUUUGAGGAUGAGCUGAUGUGUAUCCUUAACAUGGAAGGAAGGAAAGGUCUCACCUGGAAGUACUAUGCAAAGAAAAUUCUAUACUUCCUACGGCAACAGAAUAUAUUAAAAAAUCUGAAGGAGUAUCUUCAACGCCCGACUGAUCGUCAGUCAUUUUUGGAGGGUGCUGUUUUAAUUGAUCAAUACUGUAACCCGCUGUCAGACAUCUGCUUAAAAAGUGUCCAGGCACAGGUGGAUGAUAUCACAGAUAAAGUGCGCAAAGUCCUGCGGACAAAAAAUCCAAGACACCCCAGCUUGGCUUCCAAGGCAGGAGAGGUCCUGAUUCCAGAAGUAGAGCUUCAGCGGCAGGUACUUGAUGCUAUGAAUUGUGUCCUAUAUGAGCAGUUAAAAUACAAAGGAAACGAGCUGGAUUACUAUAACUCCCUGAAUUCAUACAUUCACCAGGUUUUGAUCCGCAGGACGGGAAUUCCCAUCAGUUUGUCUGUGCUUUAUUUAACAAUUGCCAGGCAGCUGGGAGUCAAACUCGAACCAGUCAACUUCCCUAGCCAUUUUCUACUGCGAUGGUGUCAAGGAAAAGAAGGAAGCACAGAUAUUUUUGACUACACCUACAUUGACGCCUUUGGGAAGGGGAAGCAGCUGACGGUGAAGGAGUGUGAGUACCUUAUUGGCCACCAUGUGACAGAGGAGUUCUAUGGAGUGGUGACUUCAAAAGAGGUCUUGCAGCGUAUGGUGGGAAAUCUCUUAAACCUUGGCAAGCGAGAAAGCACUGAUCAGUCUUACCAACUCUUGAGAGACUCGUUGGAUCUAUACCUGGCCAUGUAUCCGGACAAUGUGCAGCAUCUAAUGCUCCAGGCUAGGUUAUACUUCCACCUGGGAAUCUGGCCAGAAAAGGUUCUGGACAUCCUGCAGCAUAUUCAGGCUUUGGACCCAUCCCAGCAUGGGGCUGUCGGGUACUUAGUUCAGCACACCCUAGAGCAUAUUGAGCGUCGGAAGGAGGAGGUGGGACCUGAGGUGAAGCACCGUUCAGAUGAGAAGCACAAAGAGGUCUGCUUUUCAAUUGGGCUGAUUAUGAAACACAAGAGAUAUGGCUAUAACUGCGUGAUUUAUGGCUGGGAUCCCGCCUGCAUGAUGGGACAUGAAUGGAUCCGGAACAUGAAUGUCCACAGCCUUCCACAUGGCCCCCACCAGCCUUUCUACAAUGUGCUAGUGGAAGAUGGCUCUUGCAGAUACGCUGCUCAAGAGAACCUGGAAUAUAACUCUGAGCCGCGGGAGAUCCCUCACCCUGACAUUGGCCGCUAUUUUUCAGAGUUUACCGGCAUUCACUACCUAGCAAAUACCGAGCUAGAAAUUCGGUACCCGGAGGAUUUGGAGCUCACAUGUGCCACAGUUCAGAAGAUCUACAGUUCAGGCAAGGAGUGAGUACAAAAGGCACCAUGAGGACAGAAGCAGCUGGAGUGUAGCUUUACCCUCUUUGCAAAACUUGCGUGGAAGGCAAGUUUGCUGACAAUCCUUUGGCUUAAUGCAUUGAAAACUGCAUUGGACUUUGUAACUGGUGCUAGAGCAUCUUUCCGUUGCCUGCCUGCCCGUUCUGGCCCAGAGGCACAGGGACACAUUGAUAGCUGAGGCCAGGCAUAAGGACCUUGCAGGGACAGUUGUGCUAGGAAGCGCGUUGUCCUGCGGAAGGAUUUGCGCAUACUAUUCCUUCUGUGAUUGUCUUGCCUAGAAGGUUGGCACAGUAUAUGUGUAAUAUGGAAGAACCCCCUCUUCCAGAGAAGGAAGUUGCUUGUCUUUGCAGUGUUGUGGGUGUUUUGUUUUUGUUUUGUUUUGAUUUUUUUUUUUUUUUUAAUGUAUAUCUCAUGCAGGUGAUAGUUUUUAAAGUCUUUUAUGUUUCACUGUUGUUUUCUCUGGUCUGAAUUUUUGGUUAGAUUUUGCUUCACCUCUGUAGUCUGAUUGUUCACAGAGCUACUGUUCUGAUUCUGAAUAUCCUUACGAGCCUGGGAAAGAGCCCCAGCAACAAAACCAGCAGCAGGUGCUCAGGGGGUGGCAGGUACAGUGGUAACCCUGAGGUCCAGUUGGCCACCUUGCUGAUGAUACAAACUCUCCUAGUGCAGAAGAUGAGCUUCUAGCCCUUUUCCAUGCCUGCUAAACAUACCCAGUCCACAUUCUUACCUUGUUUUUUGGUCUGUUCAUCACAUAUAUCCAAGGCAGGAUCUGCGGCACAGCCACGAGUGCUCCCAGGACAAUUUUGAACCUCGUGGCACUGUUCAUCGAAGCCUUGAGGUCAGUGCCAGAAUGACUUUGUGUGGGGAGCUUCCACUUGCUGCCGUCUCCGAUCUGUAGGUAUUUAUGCAAUACAGUGGGAUCAUGACUGGAAACUGGCCAACCCUGAAGUCAGCCAAACCGUGCAUGGAAGAGAGAUGUUAAUUCCUGCAGCUUGAGCCCUUCUUCCUUUUUUGCCAAAAGAGAACAGAUUUGGGGAGAGCUCAUACUGCACUGCCCAGAAGGGAAGAGCUUUAGCAGCUCAAGGCACGUGAAUUUUCACGUGACUUAAAGGCCCAGACAGAAUCGCUCCAGAAAAGGUUUUCCUCUGGGUUCGAGUAUUAUGGGGUGCAGAGUGACACAGUGUGUGCACACACUGAGCCUGCAUAUCUUCGUGGUGUUCUGAAGCAGUGUCUGUAGACUAGCUGCAGCUAGUGUCUCCCAUCACUGUCCAGUUGCAAUGCAGUAGUUAUGUUGGAGAUGAGUACUAGGCGCUGUGCCCUGUAGAGUUAGGUGGAUGCUCUUACUCUGUUAUAGCCCAUCAGGUAUCGCCACGUGAAAUCACACAGCCCUCCUCUUAAAAGAAUGCUUGAGCUGCAUGCCAUCCUAUUGAAAUACAGAGCACUGAUCAAAUACGAGAAAUAAAUACAGAAAGCCCAGCACUUUUGCCAGCAGAGCGAUCGUGGUGGUCUGCAGGAAUCUUGAUGCUUUAGGAAGAAGAGCCCUGUGUGGUUAGUGCUGAGGAAUGGGGAAGGUGCUGUACUCUAAGUCUUUAAAGAAGUCUGUACGGAAGUGAACUUCGAGGGAGGGAAGGAGGAAGGGACCAAAGAAUUUCUAUGGAAGCAGAAUGGAUCCAACUGAAAGCAGGGUAGGGAAUCAUUAGGCAAAAAUCUUAAAAUCCAUCUCUUGUUUCUGAGGGUUGGAGUAGACCCCAGACCUCCAACCCUUUCUGAGGGUUGAAAGGAGAUCCCAAAAGAUUCCUAGCAGGGGUGCAAGGCUGGGAAUGGGACUGCUGAGUCACAAGGUUGAUGCUGGUAGCUGAGACCAGGCGUGCAGGAGCAGGGCUUGGGGGCCCAGUUCCCAGCCUCAGCUUCGAUGAUGCUAGCUCUGUGAUAGCAUGGGUGUCAGUGAGUUUUCUGGGGCUUUAUGCCCCCCUCUGCCAAAUGAGCAGUCAGUUGACACCUUGUCCCUCUCAAGGACAUCAAGAGAAUUCCCACAUACCCAGCUCGUAGGAGUCCCCACUAAGAGGUGCUGCCUGAAAGCCAGGUAGAAUUGUGCCAUAAAAAAGCCACAGGGCUUAACAGAAAGCUGCCCAAAGCUCCUCUGAAAACUGGUACUGGGCAAUGCAUAUCUAACCCACUUGAAAACAUGCUGUGUACUUAAAGACAGGGGUCCCAGAGUAGCGGGCAGAGCCCAUUAUACCCAUCUUUCUGGGGCCACCCUAUGUUUAUACUCUGAAAAGAGUCUGAACAGAGGAAGUGUGGGAGCUGCUCCUCUCUUGGUUCACACACGUCCCCCGCCCGCAGACCCUUAACCAUUUCCGUUUUUGCAUGGGGUGCAGAAGGGGAGCACUACUGGGCAACGGGGGACAGACGUGCUGCAAGCGACUUGACGUCCACAAGGCAACCCAGCCAGCCCCGCGACUAAAACCUCUCGCCCCUUCAGCAAACACUUGGUAGUGAAACUGUCCCCCUCCAGCCAGGUCUUCCUGCCUGCUUCGCUGUACAGACCACGUCAGCGCGCGGUUCUGUGGGUGCCAGUGUUGUCCAGGAGCACCAACACAGCCUUGUCCGUGCCAAACUCGGAAGAGACCGGAGGUGUUUCAGUAGGCACCGCACAGCAUCAGCACAGGGUCCCAAGUCUGGCUUUGGGACUUCAGACAAAACCAAAGGAAAGGGCGUGUAAAAGCUCCCCCUUUUUUGUUGCUAUUCGGUUGGAUGCGCCAGCCCCCUCGAUCUGUGUUCUUGCUGCUGCCGGGGGCGCGGGCUGCGUCGCCUGCGAUGGGCUGAGUCUUUGGUCUUGGUGAGGAGGAAUUCCCACGUAUUUGCAGCUGUGAGAGCCCAAGCAUCCGGGGUGGCCAGGGGAGACUGAAAAAAACCCACAAUGAUACCUCUCAAUCCCUGCUCCAGCAACGUCUUGAAAUGCAGCUCAGUUCCCGUGGACUGAGCAGCCGAGGCCCAGCACAGCUGGGAAAGAAAUGCCCCUGGGCUGGUGGAGGUCACACAUCGGGCGUUCACCUCCGCAUCGGGUGGCUCCUCUGUCCCCUCCUCUCCUGGCAGCACGGGCGUCUCCGCAGUCACCAUUUCCCCAAGAAGACAGCAGUGGAUCCCAAAAGUUCCUUGUGUCCGUGAGUAAUGUCUGGGUCCACGUGAAUGUACAUAUGUUAAAGAUGAUACAUAUGCAUACCCAUCA